UGGGCGUGGUUCGCAGUGGAAUGAAUGCAGCGUACAAACGAUAAUAGUAAUAGUAUUAAUAUUUAACGUUUCCUGGCUUUCGACAUUUUCUUUGGGAUACAUUUUAUUGUUUCGCCGUUGUUGUUGUCGAUUGCUCGCACAUCGUACAUUCCAUCAAGUAAACCGCGUUGCCGUAUAAUUUGUAUCUUUCAUUUUGAUAUUCACUUCGGCCCCAUAAUGCUAAACGCGGUUGGCGACGCGUUACCGGCACCCACGAGAUAAGAAGCUAGCUGUCCGAGGAUUACUGUUUUUUUUGCGAUGGCUUCACUUUUGUCCUGCGACCGAUAAUACAAAAAGCCCCAGCGAAUAUCCGCUUCCAAUCGCCGCCCCCACGUUCGACGGUUACAUUCAUGUCUUGACCUUAAAACGUUUGGCGUAAUCCUGAGCAUUUGUGUCGGUUGAGACCGAGGUGGAGGUCCUAGCCUUACACAAUGAAUGAAUUGGACUCAUUGAGACAAGAGGCUGAAACGCUAAAAAAUGCCAUACGAGAUGCAAGAAAAGCAGCUUGCGACACAAGCUUGUCACAAGCCACUACCAGCAUGGAACCGGUCGGCCGAAUACAAAUGCGAACGAGGCGCACACUCCGUGGACAUCUUGCCAAAAUAUAUGCCAUGCACUGGGGAUCUGACUCUAGAAACUUAGUAUCAGCCUCACAAGACGGCAAGCUCAUUGUAUGGGACAGUUAUACGACAAAUAAAGUGCACGCCAUACCUCUUAGGUCGAGUUGGGUGAUGACGUGUGCUUACGCCCCAUCAGGAAGUUUUGUUGCUUGUGGUGGCUUAGAUAACAUAUGUUCAAUUUAUAGUUUAAAAACAAGAGAAGGUAAUGUUAGAGUAAGCCGAGAACUGCCAGGGCACACAGGUUACUUAUCAUGUUGUAGAUUCCUCGACGACAACCAAAUCGUCACCAGUUCCGGAGAUAUGUCGUGUGCAUUAUGGGACAUUGAAACCGGCCAACAGUGUUCAUCGUUCAUCGGACACACUGGCGACGUCAUGUCACUCUCAAUGUCACCAGAUAUGAGAACAUUCGUAUCAGGAGCUUGUGACGCUUCAGCUAAAUUGUGGGACGUUCGAGAUGGAACAUGCAAACAAACGUUCCCCGGACACGAAUCUGAUAUCAAUGCCGUUACAUUUUUCCCGAAUGGUUAUGCUUUUGCUACUGGCUCAGACGAUGCUACCUGUCGUUUGUUCGACAUACGGUCCGAUCAAGAGUUGGCCAUGUACUCACACGACAACAUUAUAUGCGGUAUAACGUCUGUGUCGUUUUCAAAAUCGGGACGUUUAUUGUUGGCCGGUUAUGAUGAUUUUAACUGCAACGUUUGGGAUUCCAUGAAAGCUGAACGAGCUGGUAUUUUGGCUGGCCACGAUAACCGCGUCAGCUGCUUGGGUGUUACCGAAGACGGUAUGGCUGUGGCUACAGGUUCUUGGGACAGCUUCUUGCGUAUUUGGAACUGAGCCGGCGCCCUGAUGAGACCUAGGAAAUCAGCGCCAGACGGUCCCUAAAUUUUCACAGCAAAACUAUACUCAAAAGCUAAAAAAAAAUGUAAUAUUGUUAUUACACUUAAAACCUAUCUACAAAUCCAAAAUAAUAUGUUUAAGGCAGAGUUCAAAAUUUGUAAUUAUUUCCCAACGGGGGACCACUCAAGUAAAAAGUUACUUUUUCUGGUUUUAUUAAAAACAACGAGUUAUGCAUAUUCAGGUUACAAUAAAACAAAAAAAAACACCCGACUUGAAGGUCUUCCGUUUGUGCAUUUCGGGACGAGUGUCCGCCCGCUGUUUAGGUGCUCAAAAUAAUAAUAAAAAACAUAUUAUAUACUGUGGCAACACACAUAACUGACCUAUCUAUCAAAACAUAGCAUUUACAACUUACGAUAACAACAAAAUUAUAAUAUAUAUAUAAAUUAAAAUUACGAAUAUUUAUUAUUAAGUCGUAAAACUAGAAUAGAUCAGUAUUUAAAAUUUUGAAAACGCUAAAAAAUAUAUACAUUAUUCCUUAAAGGUUUCCAUUUUUUUUUUUAACGAGUGUUCAUUUAAGUAUAUGGUAAAAAUAAAAAUAAUCUUAUAACGUUACUGUGUAAAUAUUUAGCUUACUUACGAUAAUGUGUAUAAUACUAACAUUUAGUUUAUAGAAUUUAAAAAAAAAUUAUAAUCGGAACCGUGUGCAUUUUUUUUUUUUUAACAAAUAUAAACUAUAUACAUUUAUUUUCACUAAAGUAUUAAGAUUGUCGUCUAUAAGGGUAUUGGUUUAAAAAAAAAAAUAAAUCGGGCGCAAUUCUAAUGACAAGUCAACCACUAAAGGUUAUCACGAUAUUUUUUGUCGUAACGCUUUAUCUUGUUUAUUAUAAAUUAUUUUAAAUGUAAAAACGCGAGGUUGAAUAUUAUUGGAAUAAACUUCUUUAAAAAAUUGCCAUACCUACGACUUUAUAACACCACGGACGGCCUUCAUGAGGGUUGUUGCUGAUUGUACGCAAAACUAAUUUUUAUAGGUGUCGUUUUUUCUUUUUAUUAUAACAUUAUAAUUAUUAUACUAAUAAUAAUAAUAAUAAUAAUAAUUUUUUUUUGUAUUCUAACGCACAUAUAUAUACACAUUUUUAUAUUAUAAUACCAAUUUUUUUUAAAGCGUUUAUACAAAAACACGCUUGUAUUGUUUUGAAAAACUGUCAAGCGUUCAUGAUUUAGCGUUAAUUUCAAACUAUUUAUAAUAGUAAUUUCGAUAUUAUUGUAAUUUAUUUAUAAUAUAUAUAUAUAUAUAUAUAUUACCGCCAAGCGUAGAACUUGAUAAAAAACAGUAAGCGAUGCCAAAGUACAUCGCCGUUUGAACGUCCACCACAAAUUUGUAAUCGAUUAACAGCGAGUCUCUUAAAAUAGUUCACCGUUUAUUAAAAAAAAAAAUUUACUGUAUAAAUUUCGAAAUGUUCAAUUUCUAAACGGUUGCUUAAGUAUAUUUUUUUCUUAUACAAAAAAAAAACCUUUUAAUUGUAAUUCAUAAUAUCAUUCCGUCUGUUUUCUAAGAAAACUUACUGCGGAAAAAUAUACUCGUAAAUGAAUUUAUUUAUAUUUUUUACAGUGUCAGAUUGUUAGAAGUGAUUGGCAAUAUAUAUAUAUAUAUAUA